ACUUUCACAAUUUCUUCACAGCAAAGUUCUGCACUCUGCUUGAGAUUAAUGGCCACCACCGCACCCACUGUCGUCCCGUUUUCGUCAACUUCAUCGUCCACGUUUCAAUGGAAUGUAUUCUUAAGUUUCAGAGGAGAAGACACACGGGACAAUUUCACAUCUCACCUCUAUGCUGCCCUGGUCAGGGAAGGGAUCCAAACAUUCAAGGAUGAUGAGGGACUGAGAAAAGGAGAGCUGAUCUCUAAAGCACUCGAAAAGGCAAUCAAGGGAUCAAAAAUUUCUAUUAUCAUAUUCUCGAGGAACUAUGCUAAUUCCAGAUGGUGCCUAAACGAACUGGCCUUGAUUAUGGAAUUUUGGAAAAAGAAUGGCCAAAAGGUUAUUCCAGUUUUCCUGAAGGGUGUCGAUCAAUUGGACGUACAGCACCAGAAGGAGAGCUUUGGAGAGGCUUUUGGAGAGCACGAAAAGAACUUCGACCCAGAGACAGUGGAAAGGUGGAGGUCAACCUUGAGAGCAGCUGCUCAACUUUCCGGAUGGAGCUCAAGUGAUUUUAGGUCAUUACUUCCUCUUCGUUGACCCAUUUCAAUCUAUUUUCUUGUUUGUCAAAGGUAAAUAAAUCUCUGCUUCCCCAAUUGAAAAAAUUUCCUCUAAUUCAGAUUGAAAAGAAAAUUCAUAUUCUCUGACCUCUUAUCCCAUGCAACUCCUCCAAUUUCCUUUUGUUCCAAUGAGGGGUUGCAGGGGAGGGAUAGGGGUUUGGAUUAGGUGGUUACAGCCUUACAGGGAAGAGUGGUCGGAAAAGGAGCAGGCGGAGGGUGGUUGGGGAUAAAUAUCCUUGGCUAAUGAAGGAUGGUUGAAAAAAUCAGGUUUUCCGAUCCGACUCGUCUUAUCAAAAGCCUGUAAGUCGACUUGAUCCGACCUGAUCGAGGCGGCCAGGCGGGUCAGGGUUUUUGACAUUUUUUAAUACCUACCCUACACCUUAUCAUUAAAUUAGUUUUAUAUUAUUAAAAUGCCAUAAUUCAUCGUCUGUGAAUAGACGUCUUUGCAUUUUAUAUUUAAGAUAUUUUAUUUUGAAUCUCAUCAAUAUGAAUGGGUGAAUUAAAAGCAUCCACGUGUUACGCGCCUUCGAGGUCAACUUCCAAACCCAAAGUAUAGAAAAUUGAGUGGUAGGGUAGGGUAGGGUAGGGCGUAGCCGCGUAGGGCGGUAGGAGUAGGGGACCUUGUGUGCUCUAAGCAGUAUAUAUACUACAGAAGAGAAGAGAAUUCUGUGAUCCCAUCUCACUUCCAGAGUUCUAUUUAAACUUUUGGCAUCAAAUUAGUUCUGCAAUUUUGCUUCAGAUUUAUGGCAACCCAUACUGUUAUCCCGUCCUCCUCUUCCGCCUCUGGAUUCAAUUACGAUGUAAUCUUGAGUUACCAAGAAGAAGAAGAAGAAA